CUCCCUCCAUACACGAACAGUCCACCGGCGGACCAUGGCUUUCAACCGCCUUCACAUGCUCCUCCACUUCACGGCGGUUUUUUUCCUUCUCUAUUACCGGAUCACCACCGCAUUCCGUCGCAAAGACGUCGUCUCUCCCCUGCUUUGGGCUCUCUGCACCAUCGCAGAACUCAUCUUCACCUUCUUUUGGGUCCUAACCCAGUCGUUCCGAUGGCGGCCGGUAUCCCGCUCCGUCUCGCCAGAAAAUAUCCCCGGCGACGAGGAGCUACCAGGGGUGGACGUGUUCAUCCCCACAGCGGAUCCGGCGAAAGAGCCGACGGUGGAGGAGAUGAACACCGUGUUGUCGUCUCUGGCUCUGGAGUAUCCAGCGGAGAAGGUGGGCGUCUACCUGUCGGACGACGGCGGAUCUCCGGUGACGCUUUAUGCAGUAAAAGAAGCUGGGUGUUUCGCGAAGGUGUGGGUUCCGUUCUGUAAAGAGUACGGAAUUAACUCGAGAUGUCCGGAGAUUUACUUCUCGUCUCUGGCCGAGGAGGAGCGGAUUUACAGAGACGAGAAAUUCGAAGCUGAUGAGAAAGAAAUUAAGAGAAAAUACGAAGCUAUGAAGAACAAUAUUGAAAGAUUCGGACUGCACAAGGACAACAGCCGCGUCCUCAAAUACCGAUCUGCGCGUGUGGAGAUCAUUCUCGACGGAAAAGACGACGGAGAAGGUUUCCGGCUGCCAUUACUCGUCUGUCUCUCGAGAACGAAGACCGUCGGUUCCUCACCGGUACAAAGCCGGCAACGUCAAUUCCCUUGUUCGCGUCUCCGGAUUAAUCAGCAACAGUCCCUAUUUGUUGAUCUUAGACUGCGACAUGUACUGCAACGACCCAACCAUCGGCUAAACAAGCGAUGUGCUUCUUUCUCGAUUCCGCCGUUUCGAGCUCUCUGGGAUUUGUUCAGUUCCUCCAAAUUUUCUACAAUAUCAGCAAAAAUGAUAUCUACGACAACCAAUCCCGACCUGCUUUCAAGACUAAGUGGCGUGGAAUGGAUGGGUUAAGAGGGCCGGUGUUGUCCGGAACUGGAUAUUUCUUGAGGAGGAAGGCGUUGUUUUGGAAUCCUAAUCAGGAAGGUAAAUGAAAUUCGUCUGUUUUGAUUUCAAACUUGGUUCCUCUGUUUCUUAUGAAUCCCAGAGAGGUUUGAUUCAGAGCCACAGAAAGUUCUUGGUCGAUCCCAAAAGUUCAUUGACUCGUUGAAUGCAAAAAAGGAGUAUCCUACGGA